AAAUUUAGCCGAAUUAUGGAGGAAGGAGGGAGUUUGAUCGUUCGUAUCACGGGUAUAAAUAAAGUCCGCAGAAGCUACACGCCGCAAUUGAUACGUUUAGUUUUGACGAAGACUGACAUCAGUAUGAAAAUGAUCGGACAGUUCCAGUCGCUGUUUCUGCAGCUUGCGUGCGUCUUGACAGUUUUUGGAGUUUUGAGCUCAGCGGAAACGGACCUCAAGCUCAUAGUCAAUCAGGCGCCGAGAUCCUACACCCCGUACAGAGACAAUACAGUUUCUUACAAGGUUUUCACCGAGGAGAGAACUUGGAAGGAAGCUGAGCAAAAGUGCAUCGAGGACGGAGCUCGUCUGGCUAUAAUCGACACCUAUGACAAAGUUCGCUUCGUAGGCGACAUAAAACCAUUCGUCUGCCACUUGUGGGUCGGCAUAAGAAGAUCAGGCCCUUCGGACGCGUGGACCAAGGCGCACAACGGUGCGCCGGUACCCAACGUUCCGUGGGCGCCAACGCAACCCAACGGCAUUCAAAACUGCAGCACGAUCCAAGGGUGCAACCUAGGAUUGGGCGACGAAGACUGCGCGGCUCGAGUGGGUUUCGUAUGCGAAAAGCCGAUAAGCGGACAAGAGGGAACGUUCUCUCUCUCUCCAUCGAUGUCGCUGGAACAAGUGUGUCAGUUAAUCGCGUCUCCGUCAAUCCCAAAAAAAAAGGCAAUCGCAUCUCUUCCGGACGGCUACGCCCCGAUUCUCAACUCAAGCGUGGCUUACAAGGUCUACGAGAAGGCAGUAACCUGGAUGGAGGCGAAAGGACUGUGCGAGAGAGAGGGUGCUAGUUUGGCAGUGGCCGAUAACCAAAAAAUCUACGCGAAACUGAUCGAGAUCAGUUUUUUCGUAGUACACGUGGGCAUUUAUUACAAAUCCGGCGAGUGGAUCAGUAUUCGUGACGCAAGCUGAACGCUUAUUUUGAUA